AUGUUCCCCACGGCCACUCCCACGUACCCUUCCGCAAAGAUUUUAAAACAGUAAGAAGCAAUUGCUUCAUGGGAAAAUCUGAAACAUUUUAUUUGAAAUUACAUUGAAAAAAGUAAAACGCACAACUACUUUUUUGCAAAGAAGAUGUCUCACACUAUUGUUACAACGACAACCACCACAUCAACCAUCACAGACAGCGGUAUUAUAGAUAUGGGCUAUGUGAGAUCAUUCCAGGCCAUGUUAAAGAUAGCGCAAAUGGUGGUGUUGCUGAUUGCUUUCCUCUGUGUGCACUGCGCCUCGUGGACGAACUAUUCUGCUUACCGGUACUUUGAGGUGGUCACAGUCUGGUUUCUUAUUACCUUCUUAAUUUUCUACAUCAUGUAUGUGUUCCGGCUUCAGAAGAAAAUACCAUGCAUCAACUGGCCUCUUACAGAGUGUCUGCACUACGCCAUUGGAACGCUACUGAUCUUCAUUGCAUCAAUUGUGGCAGCUGUCAAUAGUCGAGGUUAUGCAGGUCUCAUUGCUGGAUCGUUCUUUGGAUUUUUUGCCACUGUUCUGCUUGCCAUGAGCAUAUGGAUGUCCUACAAAAUCACUUGUGGAUCUCAGCCAACAAGUGCAGCUGUAUAACAGACCUGCCAGACUCUUCAAUCCAUCCAUGUUUACCAUGCUUAUGAAAUGUGCUGAAACAAGGGCUAAGCUCCUUGAGACUUUAGUGCCUUAAAUAAGACAGUAUUAUAUUUAAAUUAGGGUUAUGCACCUGUACAAAUAUACCAGUACAUUACACAGCAGGAUUUUAAAAUGCCAGGUGCAUAUGUUUGCAUUUAUGUUUAAAAAGUGUAUUAAACUUAUUAGAAACAAAUGGUCACACUUUAAAAAAAAUAUAGUUUAGAGGAUACAAAACUAUCCACUUAAUGUAUUUUAAGGCUUGGGAUACAGUUUUUCAGUAGUGCCUUUUGUGAGUUUACCAGAUGGGUUUUUGCAUUUCAAAAUCUGCCUUUACUUCUUUUUCUUCUUUUUAUUUUAAUAAAAUAUUUGAAUACA